AGCAAGCAAGGAAUUUCAAUUAAAAAGGAACGAUUCGCUGUGGUUUUUGAGAGUUCAUUUUAUAGCAUUCAUGAAAGAUGGGAAAAACUGCGAGAGGUCAGAGAGAAAAGAAAGUUUGUGAAACAUUAGAGCGAUGGCAGCGGCUGAAUUCAAGCGUCCAAAUGAAAAGAAGAAGACCAAUUCAUAAGGGCUCCACCAAAGGAUGUAUGAAAGGAAAAGGAGGGCCUGAAAAUGAGCGGUACAAUUACAGAGGCGUGAGGCAGCGGACGUGGGGUAAAUGGGUGGCAGAAAUCAGAGAGCCGGAGAGAGGUAAGCGCCUCUGGCUUGGCACUUUCGACACGGCCCAUGAGGCCGCUCUUGCAUAUGACCGCGCUGCUCAAAUCAUGUAUGGAUCUUUUGCCCGCCUCAAUAAUCCUCUACCUCUUCCUCCUCCAUCUGAGAAUUCUAGUAAUGACUUCAAAAUUUCAAGUACAGAUGGCUGCACUACUUUUGCCAUUGACGAGGGCGAGCUACGUGAGUUUAAUAUAGAAGAGAUUAUGAUGAUGUUUGUUGAUGGAGGAGGAGAUUAGAAAUCGGCUACCAACCUUUCUGCAUGUCUUUUUGAGCAGAUUGACUUGUAAAAUUAAAUGGGAAUUCUAUUUUGUGUUCAUAUCUCAGGAUUGCAGUUACAUUGUAUUCAAUGUUUUUAUUCAUUUU